CAAAAUCCCCCAUUUGGUCUCGGAUCCUGGAAUGUCAGUUGUUCUAAAUAUGCUGGACCUAUCUGCCUCUUACCUGCCGAACCUACAAGCCACCAGCCAUUAUUUCAGUCCUGUCAGAGCCCACAACCAUCAUGGAAAACGCUCGGAAUAACAGCGUCGGGGAGGAGUUCUUGCCAUCGUCGCCCGACGCCAAAGUCGUGGCUCCUGCACACGAUCACUAGUACCCCAACAGGCUUUUGCCUACCCACAGGUCUGCUACCUUCAGUUAUCUGCGACCCCAGCCCGCCAGGUCAAGACUGCCACACUGUUCGUCAAGAUCUUUGGCUUCUUCUGUUGCGCUUCAGCCACACGACAUGGCGUCGCCACCGCGAAGCCCGCCUCGCAGCCUCCCUCCAGACGCCGCUCCUGCACGGAAAAGUGUGGUGCUGUCCCAUCCACGGCCCAACGCGCACGGCACCUACCCAGAGCAAUUCUACUUCCGCGGGGACAUUGAGCCGCUCGAGGAGUACGAAGAUGGAGGGUUCCAUCCAGUCCACCUCGGCGACACAUUCGGCUCCGAGGGCCGCUAUCGCGUGAUCCACAAGCUCGGACAUGGCGGCUUCGGCACCGUCUGGCUUUGCCGCGACGACAGAACCGAGACCUAUGUGGCCCUCAAGGUCCUGAUCUCGCACGUGCCCUCAGAAGUCGAGGUUUUCGACCUCAAGCUGGCGCGGCUGGACCGGUCGAUCCCCGGGUGGGAGUACAUCGCCAUGCCGCUGGACCAUUUCACCGUCGCCGGGCCUAACGGAACCCACCACUGUCUUGUCCUCCCGGUGCUCGGCCCUCGCGUCUCUCCCAACUUUUGGCUCCACCUAGCCGAAGGGACGGACGCCGCGCCAAUCCUGAGAGGCAUGGCUCGCCAGGCAACCCAGGCCAUGGGUUUCUUGCACCGGCAUGGGAUAUGCCAUGGCGGCUUUCGGGCUGCCAACAUCGUCAUCAAGCUCAAAGGGAUUGAUCUCCUCUCAGAGGAGGACCUGAUGUCGCACCUCGGUAAACCCAAACUGAUCAACGUGCGCUCAAAAUCUGGAAGUCUGCCUCGCAGCCAGCCGUUGUAUGUCCUGGAAGCGAUCGGCAUGACCCACCACCUUGGCAGCGACUUCCUCACCGACGAAAUCCACGUCAUCGAUUUUGGGGAGUCUUACUAUUUCGAUGACCCGCCCGAAUUCCUGGGAAUGCCCGAGCUCUACCUUCCCCCCGAGGAGCUGCUUCUUCCUGAUGUUGCCGAAGGGGAUUUGACUUCGCCCGAGGAUGGUGAUGUCGGCAAAGAACACGAGGCUGGCCAAGAAAACGACGUAUCACAGAAGGCGGCGGCGGCGACGACGAAGACGACGCAAGCAUCAGACCCCCCGCCACAGAAGAGCCAAGUGCACAUGGCAGUCAAGGGGCCCGCUUGCGACCUGUGGGCCCUGGGCUGCACACUCUUUGAAAUCCGGGCGCAAGAGCCACUCUUAGACAAGACAGCCGACCGUGACGAGCUCCUGGAGCAGAUGGUCCGGCUUUUCGGGAAGCUCCCAGAGCCGAUGUGGGAUUAUCAGUGGGAAGGCCGGAGGAAGCGGUUCGACAAUGAGGGCAACGACCUGGCCAGGGCGGGGAAGGGUGAUCAGACAUCGCUCGAGAUGUAUCUCUCGCCGCCGACGUAUGGACUGCCACCGUCGGGCGGACGGAAGGGGAUCAACAUUCAGAAAGCCAUCCCCGAGGCGGAGCGGAAAUUGUUGGCGGACCUGCUACGCAGUCUCCUCAGGUAUGCGCCGGGGGAGCGAGCCAGCGUCGAGAAGGUGCUCGCACAUGACUGGUUCAAGUUAGAUUGCGUUGCCGAAGAUCCGGUUGAGGUCGUCACGGAGGCAGGGUCCAGGGGUGAGCCGUCGGGCGGAGACAGAAAAACAGUAGAGUCAACAGCCAGCCCGGAUGCAAGGGAGAGGAAGAGAGCAAGGAGAUGAAGAUAGGUGAAGAUACCCAGUGUGCAACAGUCAUGUCAGUUAUCAAGCGUUAAAUGAUUUUUAAUUGAUGCUUAACGAAUUGGAAAUGGUGAAAAAAAGAUUCCCGGCAAAUACAAAGAAAUUGAACAUACCACGCUUUCUCGGACAGAUGAUCAACGGUCUCUCACAA